AUGGACACCAGCCCAAGUAGGCUCAGUACUUCUGGAGACAGGCCUGACACCGAUGCACAUGGUCGUUUCAAGCUCGUCAAGAAUGCCAACUCACCAACAGCAAGAAAUGCUGAAUGGAUGGAUCGUGAGCGGGAAAAACUACAGGCAUACGAAUAUCUCUGUCGUAUUGGAGAGGCAAAAGAUUGGAUUGAAGCCUGUACUCAUGACUCUAUUGGAGAUAUCGAACAUCUGGAAGAAGAAUUGAGGAAUGGUAUUGCGCUAGCACGUCUAGCAAAGACCUUUGCUCCUGAUGUCGUCAAGAAGAUCUUUGAGGACACUCGAAAACUACAAUUCAGACAUUCAGACAACAUCAACUACCUAUAUGCAGCCAUGCGAAAAGUUGGAUUGCCAGAGGUCUUCUUCUUCGAGUUGACUGAUCUAUACGAAAAGAAGAAUAUUCCAAAAGUCAUCUACUGUAUUCACGCUCUCGCACACUUGCUAUACAAACAAGGAUUAGCACCCUCUAUCAAAGAUCUUGUCGGCAAACUACAAUUCACAGAUGAGGUGUUGGAUCAAACACAAGCCUCUUUGAGCGCUGCUGGUGUACCAAUGCCACAGUUUGGAAAUAUUGCAAAUGCUCUGGCUGAAGAGUUGAAUGAAGUUUCGCCUGCUGAGAAACGGGAAAAGUUCCUCGAAGAACCAGCAACAAUUCAGAAGAUCAUCAAAACCCAAUCUGUUGUUAGAGGUUGGUUGGCUCGCCGUCAAGUAGAGAAAUUACGGCAAGCACACAAGGCUCAACAGCAAUGGUACAAGGAUCACUCAAAGGACAUCGCAAAACUGCAAGCUAUGUGGAAAGCAAAGAAGGCUUUCAAGAGUUAUCAGGAUCAAAAAGCACACCUCAAAGCAAUAGAACCUGGUGUCAUCAAGAUUCAAGCAACAUUCAGAGGUCAUAUGGGCAGGAAAGAAUAUAUAAACCGUCUCAAAUUCUUGAAGGAUCAAGUUGGUGCCAUCGUCAAGAUCCAAUCUAUGUUCCGUGCCAAACGUGCCGUCCGUGCUUACAAGAGUCUUGAAGAUACCAACCCCCCUGUCAAGACUGUACAAAACUUUGUUCAUUUGCUCGAUGACUCCAACACUGACUUUGAAGAAGAGAUUGAAUUGGAUAAACUGAGGCAAUUGGUAGUCAAACGUAUUCGUGAAAAUCUUACCACAGAAACCCAAUUGACUGAACUUGAUGUCAAAAUCGCUCUAUUGGUCAAAAAUCGUAUUUCGCUGGACGAAGUGUUGAAACAUACGACCAAGCAGAAAAAGAGAGAGUUAGAGAAUGUUGCCGAAGCAACCAGCCAUUCUGAACAAGGAAUAUCGUUAAAGAGUCUGGAUAAAGAUACCCGUGCCAAGUUGGAAAACUAUCAACAACUCUUUUACCUUUUACAAACGACACCCACCUACUUGGCCAAUGUCAUGUUCUUAUUGAACAAGAAGAGUGGAUCUACAGUCACCAAGUUCUUGGAGAACGUAGUCUUGACGUUGUAUGGAUAUGCUCAAAACACUCGUGAAGAAUACCUGUUACUCAAUCUGAUCAAGGCUGCCAUCAAAGUGGAAAUAGAAGACUUGAACGAAGUCAGUGAAUUCUGGAGAGCCAAUCCAUUAUUCAUCAAGUUGGUGUUGCAUUACACUCGUGGUGCCAAAGAACGUCAAUACCUUCGAGAAUUGUUGCAACCUCUAGUUAAGAAGAUUCUAGAUGACGCCACUCUUGACUUGGAAUCAGAUCCAACUUCUAUCUACAAAGCAAUCAUUCGAGAUGAAGAAAGUAGGACGGGUGAGGCUUCCAAACGUCCCUAUGAAGUGCCACCUGCUCAAGCUGCAGCCGAUGAGGAAGUGAAGAAAGUGCAAGCUGCUCACACCGACAAGCUUAUUGAAAUCACAAGCGUGUUUAUGGAUGCUAUUAUGAAUCAGCUCAAGAAGAUGCCAUUCGGUAUUCGAUACAUUGCCCAGCAGAUGAAGAAUUCGCUCAAGGACAAAUUUCCAACAACUGAUGGUGAUGAGAUGAUUCGCAUUGUCGGCAACUUGAUAUACUACCGUUACAUGAACCCUGCCAUCAUUGCUCCUGAAGCUUUCGAUGUCAUUGAAUCUACGAUCUCACCCAUCCAACGAAAGAACUUGGCCGAAGUAGCUAAAACACUUCACACCAUCUCUGUCAACAAGCCACCUACAGCCUCCGGUGAUUUGGACCCCAAUACCAUCAAGUUGAAUGAAUACAUUGCCACAGCCGGAAAGAAGUUUGCCUCCUUCUUUGCCGAAGCCGCAAACGUGGUUUCCGCUGAAGAACAAUUUGGCAUUGACGAGUUUGUUGAUCUUUCGAUGACCAAACGGCCAGUGAUUUAUAUAUCUCCCAACGAAAUCUUCCAAGUACAUGCCACCUUGGUCGAGAAUUUAGACUUCUUGGCACCAAAACCCGAUGACCAAUUACGUCAAAUACUCAGUGAUUUGGGAGCAGUACCACCAGUUAGAGAAGACGCCCCUGUACAGUGUACUGAAAUACUAUUGACUUUGAACAAUCGAAUGGCCAAGAUUGAAGACGAAGAUGCGUCGAUCAAACGUCUCUUCAUGGAAACCAAACGACACAUUCUCGCUAUUGUUCGUAUACAGUCUGGCAAGAAUUUACUUGAGCUAUUGGAGAAGCCUGUUACUGAGGUCGAAGAAGACUUGUAUCGGGAGCUCUUAGAUGCAAAUGCCAAACGAUUAGCAGAGAAGGCAGCCAUUGCUAACCGAGGAUCACCAAUCAGUGGAGAUAUUCAGAAUUCACCAUCUCGGGACUUUACUCGUGAGGGUAAUCUUGGAUCAAACUGGAAUCUGAAAAAUGCGGCUGGUGACAACGUGACAUUUACCGAACUCAAACGUGUCACCCUUGAAAACUUGGGUAAACUGGAAGCAGCCAAGUUGGUAUCUCGAAAGACAUGCUUCCAAGAUAUGCUCAACUCCAUUGCCAAGGACAUGCUCAACAAGCACAAACGAACAGUACAACGCAAGAAGGAUUUACAAGGAUUGCGUCAAACUCUGAAAAAUGUCGAAGAAAAGUCUACCUAUCUUGGUGACCAAAAGCAAGCAUUUAUGGAUUACAUUGACGCUUGUAUGGGCAAGCUUACUGAAAACAAGGGCAAGAGCAAACCAAAGAGCAAACCAAUGAUGUUCUCUCGACAAUGGACGCAUACACGAGACCUACAAAAGGCUGGCAAAAUGCCUCAAUUCGGUUCAUUCAAAUACACAGCUGGUGAAUUGCACAAGAAGGGUGUCCUCAUCUCAGUGGAUGAAUACUCUCCCAAGCAAUAUGGUCAAAUCAAUCUCAUCAUUUCGUCUGACGAAGUUGGAGUGUUUACUGUCGAAGCCAGCUUUUUGGGCGUCAAGAUGCCUGAAAAGUUAGAGCUACGGCUAGAAGACUUGCUACAACAACAGUACAACGGUGUGAAUGUCAUGGCCUUAUUCGACUAUGCCAAAGUCAAUGUCAACUUGCUUAUUUAUCUACUCAACAAGAAGUUUUUCGUUUAG